CACUUUGCCCCUUCACGGUGAUCUUUCUUGCCUCCAGGGAAGAACUUAGGGCCUCUUUGGUUGAGGAAUAACGGGAUAGAGAAUAGACAUGGAGGACGAGCAGUCACUAGUCUCAGGCAGGCGCAGGAGCAGAGGCACGGAAGCGGCUGCCCGAGCCGAAGCCCUCGAGCGCCUGAAAGCCCUUCGCAGAGGAGGCCGACGAUCUGAGGCCGGAGGCGGCGGCGGAGGAUUCCAGAUCAAGCUCGAGACCCCGAUCUACGACACCGUUGGUGAGGAAGAGUACGAUGCCCUUGUCGCCAAGCGCCGCGAGGAGGCCCGGGGAUUUAUCGUCGACGACGAAGGCCUCGGGUAUGGCGACGAGGGCGAGGAGGAGGACUGGUCCAAGUCGGGGGUCCCUUUCUCGUCAGAUGAAGAAUCCGAUGGCGGCGAGCAAGAGAGACCGAAGAGGAAGAAGAAGAUGGAAAAGAGGGACCCACAGCUAAAGAAGCCCUCCGCUUCUUCUUCUUCGCUAUCUGCGGCCGCGGCAAUGAUGGGGAAGCAGAGGCUUUCAUCGAUGUUCACUUCGUCGGUGUUCUUCAAGAAGAGUAAGGAUGAUAAGGCCAAAGGGCUGGCAUGUGAUAGUAUUGUUGAUGAUGUGAUUGCGGAGUUUGCGCCGGACGAAGCUGAUAGAGAGAGGCGAAGAAGGGGGCAGCCGGGUUCGGCGUCGGUUUCCAAGAGUUUCAUGCCAAUUGGUAAUGUGAAGAGCGAGAAUUUAUCUGUUGCGGGAGAUGAUUUGAUGGAUAGGAGCGAAUUGGCAAUUGGAGUUGCGAUAAAUGGUGGUUAUUCUGGGUUGGGAUCGGAGACAAAUUGUGUGCAGGUGGAGGAGAAGGGUUUGAAUAAGGAAUCUGUAGGCUGGGGAGGAUUAAAAUCUGAGAUGGGUAAGGACGUCAUUUCGGGAUUAGAUGAUUUUUCACAAGCCCAAAGUGGCGUGGUCGAGGAGAAGAUAGUGAAUGGUGUGGAAGUGAAAGUGGAGCCAGUGGUGAAGAAGGAAGAGGGUUUCGCUCUGAAUGCGAAGAUUCAAGAAGAGAAAGACCCUGGAUUGAGCGCUGCUACUGCGGGAUGGCAGGAAGUGAGGAGUGGAGGGAAUGGGAGUAUUGGUGGUGUUGCAAAGGAAGUCAGCAACGGUACGAGUAUUGAAGAAAAGUUGGACUUUGAUGUGGAAUCGGAUGGGUCGCUGCCUUUUUACAUCCUUGAUGCACAUGAGGAGUUUUAUGGAGCUAAUACGGGCAACCUCUACCUGUUUGGGAAGGUCAAAGCAGGAAGUACAUACCAUAGUUGCUGUGUGGUGGUAAAAAACAUGCAAAGAUGUGUCUAUGCGAUUCCAAAUGGCUCUGUGUUUCGAAGUGAGGAGAUGAUUUAUCUUGAGAAAGAUGUUGAACAAUCACGUAUUUCUCGCACAGCUUUCCUUUCGAAGCUACAAGAUUUGGCUUCAGGAUUGAAGAGUGAAGUCACAAAGCGGUUAUUAGAUAUGAAUGUGCCAACUUUUAGUAUGGCACCAGUUAAGAGGAGAUAUGCAUUUGAGCGAACUGACAUACCAGUAGGGGAGAAUUAUGUACUUAAGAUCAAUUAUCCAUUCAAGGACCCACCACUUCCGGCGGAUUUAAAUGGAGAAUCUUUCUGUGCUCUGUUGGGAACUCAUUGCAGUGCUUUGGAGCUUUUUCUUAUUAAAAGGAAGAUAAAGGGACCUUCCUGGCUGUCAGUUUCAAAAUUUUCUACAUGCCAAGCUCCGCAACGGGUGAGCUGGUGCAAAUUUGAGGUGACUGUUGACUCACCAAAAGACAUACGAAUUUCACCUUCAUCAAAGAACACAGUAGACAUUCCUCCAGUGGUUGUUACGGCAAUAAAUUUGAAAACUAUUAUCAAUGAGAAGCAAAACAUGAAUGAAAUUGUUGCUGCAUCCAUCAUUUGCUGUCACAAAGCCAAGAUUGAUACUCCCAUGAUGGCCUCAGAAUGGAAGAGACCUGGUAUAUUGAGCCAUUUUACUGUUGUCCGCAAGCUUGAUGGGGGCAUAUUUCCAAUGGGAUUCACUAAGGAAGCUACUGAUAGAAACUCAAAGGCUGGAUCAAAUGUUUUAAGCUCUGAAAGCAGUGAGAGGGCUUUGCUAAAUCGUCUAAUGAUUGAAUUGUACAAGUUGGAUAGUGAUGUUCUUGUUGGGCAUAAUAUAUCCGGGUUUGACCUUGAUGUUCUUCUCCACAGAACCCAGGUUUGCCGAGUGCCAAGCAGUAUGUGGUCCAAAAUAGGUCGACUGAAGCGGUCUGUAAUGCCUAAGCUUGCAAAAGGAAGCUCCAUUUUUGGGUCUGGAGCAAGUCAAGGCAUGAUGUCUUGCAUUGCUGGUCGACUAUUAUGUGAUACAUAUCUGUGUUCCCGAGAUCUAUUAAAAGAGGUCAGUUAUUCUUUGACGCAACUUGCAAAGACUCAGCUUAACAAAGACCGGAAGGAGAUCACUCCACACAAUAUUCCUAGAAUGUUUCAAACUUCAGAAUCCCUCAUGGAACUUGUUGAGUAUGGUGAGACAGAUGCAUGGUUGUCCAUGGAACUCAUGUUUCAUUUGAGUGUUCUGCCUCUCACACGUCAGUUGACCAAUAUCAGUGGUAAUCUCUGGGGAAAAACACUCCAAGGUGCUAGGGCCCAGAGAGUAGAGUACCUUUUAUUGCAUGCAUUUCAUGCAAAGAAAUAUAUUGUUCCAGACAAGAUGUCAUUUCAUAUGAAGGAAACUAAAUUGGCGAAACGGAGAAUAAAUCAUGGUGUUGAGGAUAGAAAUGUUGACGGAUUGGAUAUGGAUGAUGCGAAUUUGGAUAAUGAAGCUUCUCAUAGUGAUCGUGGAAAAGGCAAAAAGGGUCCUGCCUAUGCAGGUGGUUUGGUGUUGGAGCCAAAGAAAGGUUUAUAUGACAAGUAUAUAUUACUGUUGGAUUUCAAUAGUCUUUACCCUUCUAUCAUUCAGGAGUACAAUAUCUGCUUCACAACAGUUGAAAGAUCUCCAGAUGGAUUAGCUCCCCUCUUACCAUCUAGUAAAGCACCGGGAGUUCUUCCGGAGUUGCUAAAAAACCUGGUUCAAAGGCGAAGAAUGGUGAAGUCAUGGAUGAAGACUGCAUCUGGUCUCAAAGUCCAGCAACUAGACAUUCAACAGCAAGCACUAAAACUAACAGCAAACAGUAUGUAUGGAUGCCUGGGGUUUUCCAAUUCAAGAUUUUAUGCAAAGCCGCUAGCAGAGCUGAUAACACUACAAGGGAGAGAGAUUCUACAGAGCACUGUUGAUCUUGUUCGGAAUAAUUUAAACUUAGAGGUAAUCUAUGGUGAUACGGAUUCAAUUAUGAUCUACAGUGGACUCAAUGAUAUUGCAAAAGCAAAAGCAAUUGCAGGGAAAGUCAUUCAAGAGGUUAACAAGAAGUACAGGUGUUUAGAAAUUGAUCUUGACGGUUUGUACAAGAGAAUGCUGCUUCUGAAGAAAAAGAAAUAUGCAGCCGUCAAAGUACAAUUCAAGGAUGGGAUGCCUUAUGAGGUCAUUGAACGCAAGGGUCUUGAUAUGGUUCGUCGUGACUGGAGCUUAAUAUCAAAGGAGCUGGGAGAUUUCUGCCUGAGUCAAAUUUUGUCGGGAGGGUCAUGUGAGGAUGUUGUUGAAUCGAUACAUAACUCUCUCAUGAAGGUACAAGAAGAUAUGCGGAGUGGACAAGUGUCGCUUGAGAAAUACAUCAUCACAAAGACAUUGACUAAACCCCCUGAAGCUUACCCAGAUGCCAAAAACCAACCACAUGUUCAAGUGGCACAACGAUUGAAGCAAAGUGGUUAUUCUACUGGUUGCAAUGUUGGUGAUACGAUCCCUUACAUUAUAUGCUGUGAACAGGGAACUAGUUCAAGUAGUUCAACAGCGAUUGCUCAGCGUGCUAGACAUCCUGAUGAAUUGAAAAGUGAAGAUGGGAAAUGGAUGAUUGACAUUGAUUACUACUUGUCACAGCAGAUUCAUCCUGUGGUAUCACGUCUUUGUGCUUCAAUUCAAGGCACAAGCCCAGAACGCUUGGCUGAUUGCUUGGGGCUUGACUCAUCUAAGUUCCAAAACAAAUCAAGUGAAGCUGUCAGCAGUGAGCCUUCCAGUUCGCUCUUGUUUGCUACAGAUGAUGAGAGAUAUAGGGGCUGUGAGCCUUUGACUUUGUUGUGUCCAAGUUGCUCCGGUACUUUUGACUGUCCUGCAGUCUUCAGUUCUAUUUGUAAGUCAAUCAAUGAGAACCCAGCAAAGCCACAAGCAGAGGAAUCCACCAGCAGUUUUUGGCAAAAACUUCGUUGUCCCAAAUGCCCAGAAGGCACAGUGGGUAGAAUAUCUCCAGCAACGAUCGCCAACCAGGUCAAAAGGCAAGCGGAGGGGUUUGUGUCAAAGUACUACAGGGGCUUGAUGACGUGCGAUGAUGAAACUUGCAAAUACACCACGCGCAGUCUCAACCUCCGGCUUCUCGGUGAUUCUGAGAGAGGAACAGUUUGUCCCAACUAUCCACGCUGCAACGGGCGUCUUGUUAGAAAGUACACGGAAGCAGAUCUUUACAAGCAGCUCGCGUAUUUCUGCCAUGUUUUGGACACUGUACGAUGCUUAGAAAAGGUUGAGGCUAGCAAUAGAUUGCCGCUUGAAAAAGAGUUGGCCAAAAUCCGGCCAAUGCUCAAUUUGGCUGCAUCAACAGCUGAAAGGAUACGGGAUCGAUGUGCCUUUGGAUGGGUACAGCUGCAGGAUCUUAUCAUCACAGUUUGAAUGAUGGGUAAAGAAGCAGAUUCAUUUUAAUUAGAUUGUUCCUUUUUCUGCUCUGCUUUUCUACAUGUUGAUCAUAAGUUCAUACGGUAUAUAGCGUCUGGAAAAUCAGAGAGAAAGGUGCCGUGUAAUGUUUGGUUGGCGUCUCAAGAUUCAUUGUGGUGAACAGGAUAUAUUAUUAAUAAUAACCACACAGCUAAAGGUAGCUAGAGUUUGUGUC